AUGUAUAGGGCGCGCUCGUCCGAUGUGCACCCGUCGGAGCAACAGCCAUGUCCAGCCUGCACUCGUCCGAGGCCGUCGAAUGUAUCCUCAGCCUCGAUCACGUCACAUAUUCCUUCCACAUCGGCGGCGUCGCCAUCUGCCUCGUCCACCGCACCCUUGCCCAGUGGUUGCGCUUCUGCUUCCUUCACAGGCUAUGGCUCUGGGGUACUAUCAGGCGGGUACUUCGGCUGCACCACCUCGCUUCUCCCAGCUCUUGAUGCAUGCUGUGCCACGGUCGGCAGCACACCUGGCUUCGCCAACAGCACGUGCGGGUGUCCUUACAACUUUGGCUCGUUCCAGCCCAACACCUCCGCGGUGUUCCAGGACUGCGUUGGGCACAUGAACGCGUCGUCGAUCUGUGCCACGGCAGAAGUGAGCGCAGCCUCAUCGUCCCUCGGUGGUGUCGGGAGAUGGAAGGUGGCCGGAUUGGUGCUCGGCAUGGGACUGCUCAGUAGUGGAUAUCUUGGGUAGAUUCAAUUGAGUCCCGUUACCCGUUCAGUGAGUAUUC